CUCUCGCUGGCUAGGUUUCCUCGCCGCCGAAAUGAACCCGAGCGAGGACAGCGCCCGCCGCCGCCGCCGCCGCUCCCAAACCCACGCGAGUGACGUGGCCGUCGGAGUGAUCCGCCGCCGCAGUCCGCGCCUCCAUCCCCAGGUUCACCCGAGCGAGGAGGGAGACGGAGCGGCUCGCCGCCGCAGCCCGCGCCCCCGUUACCAGACCCGCGGGACUGGUGAGGGCGCUGGAGUGAUCCGCCGCAGCUUCCCGGCUGCGCUGGCCUCGCCGAUCGAAGACGAAGACCUCCUGAUGGAGAUCCUCCUUCGUCUCCCGCGGCAGCCCUCCUCGCUCAUCCGGGCCUCCGCCGUCUGCAAGCAGUGGCGGUGCGCCGCCACCGACCCCAAGUUCCUCCGCCGCUUCCGCCUCCACCAUCGGAAGCCGCCCCUCCUCGGCCUCUUCCACCAGCGCAACCAUGAUAUCGUCUUCACCCCCACCAUGGACCGUCCCGACCGAAUCCCUCCAAAGCGUUUCAACCUGCAUCAGCAUCUCGACAGCCACAACAUGGGGGCGGUCCAACUUCUCGAUUGCCGCCAUGGCCGCGUCCUUCUCACGGACAAACGGCGGGAUGAGCUCAUCCUAUGCGACCCUAUCAUCGGUGAGCAGCGCCUCAUGGCUGUUCCUCCAGAGUUCGUAAGAAAAUACUUCAACGGAACUGUGCUUUGUGCUGCCAUCGACCAUGACCAUGUGCACGAAAGCUGCCACUCGAGCCCCUUCAAGGUGGUGCUGAUCUAUCUCGGAGGGGAUAAUCAACUUACCGUGUGUGUUUACUCCUCUGAGACUGGCGUAUGGGGUGAUAUCAUUUCGACAACCGCUUCAUAUCAUCUUUCUGACUAUGGUAUCCCUGGCUUGCUUGUUGGUAAUUCGCUUUACUGGUUGCUGGAUAUUAUAGGGGCUGGCAUACUUAAGUUUGAUUUGGAUGAGCAGAGCCUAGCUGUGAUCAAGGGGCCUCUUGUUACAAAUGAUUUUAGCCGUGGUAGUUGUAUCAUCCAGGAUGAGGAUGGCACGCUUGGCUUCGCCAUAUUGUCUUACCCUCACUUACAAAUGUGGCAGAGGAAUAUCAUUUGCCAUGGUGUUGCCACAUGGGUGCUAUGGAAGACCAUUGACAUGCGUACAAUUCUUGGGCUCCCUAAACAGAUUCAAGGAAAGAGGACGCUUAUAAGAAGUAUACUGGGAUGCCUCGAGGAUUGUGACGAAAUACUUCUAUCUGUGGAUCGUGGUGCCUAUAUGGUUCAACUUAAGUCGAUGAAGUCUAGGAAACUUUGUGAAAACAGUUAUUUAACUUGCUAUCAUUCUUUCAAGAGUUUCUAUCCUCCAGGAACAUCCAUUGCUGGUGGAUGUGAUGGAAAUGAUGCAUGCUACACAAGGUGAUUGUCUGGUUUGAUGUUCUAAUGUGCUAAAAUGGUAACAGGUGAAGAAGGGCUGCUGGAGAUGUUAGUUGUCACUGAGUUUGUCGCAUUCCAUCAAUGUUGUCGGCAGUGUUUAUAUGUUAUCUAAAACAACUUACCGUGUCUUAGUCUAGCCAAGUCUCUAGUGUAGCAAGAUACUUUUGAAUACCUGAUCCAGGAAAUUCAGCUUACUAGUGUUAUUUCAAGUUGGAUUUCAUCGUCUCUUGUUCUUGUUAAGUGUUUGUGCUUGGCUGGCAGGUCUUCUGUUGAGCCAUGAUAGUUUCAGUGCCAUGUAUCACUGAAACUUGUUUGUUUGAGUGUGCUUGUCAGCUUGUCUACUUUCUUGUCUUGGAAGUGAGUCAGUGCCAUGUAAUGGUUCAUAUGAGCCAGCGUACUCAGCUAUUUGGUGCUGAAGAUACCCGGAAUGGUAGGAACUGGACAACUGAAACUGCUAUUCAGAUGGAUACCGGUUUCCUGCUGAUGGCAAGCUUUCUCCCGUCCAUAUAUGUGCAUAUCCGAAGGUAUUGCCAUUUAUGCUGUGCGGCUUGCUUGCACUGGUAGCUCCUCAACCUGAACUGAACGCCUCAUCUGAGUUACUCGUCGUUUCCAACACAAGCAUCCCAUCGCUGUAACCAUCUGAUUUGGAGUAUGAUAUAUUGUUCCAAAGUCAAGAGAGCAGAGUUCUGGACCUUCCCGGUGCAAUGCAGGCAUGCAGCCAACUAUUCCCCUAGGUGCAGUCAGUGUGACUGAUGAUGCUCUCCUCCAUUGCACACAGCUUGCAAACGAAAAAAUCCUAAAUAUUCUGAUUGGAAUUAUAGCAAAAUCCUCUAGCUGUCAAAUGGAACAAAAAAUGACUUCAUUUGUUUAGCGUUUUAUAUUUAGGUGGCAACAGGAAAAGGUUCAUAUUUAUUUAGCUUUUAAAUUUGUCAUAACGUU